UCUGGAGAAGCCAUUAAGCUUCCUUUGUUGAACAAAACGCAGAUUUUAUUCAAUAAAACGCAUAAAAUCUCAACAAUAUCCAACCUAACACAUAUAAUCCAUAAAAGUCCCUGAUUAUAAUCUCAACAACAGUAGAGAGACUUUACAUACAUGAUAUUAUGACAUUGUUGGUGUUCUCUUGGUUCCCUUUCUUCACCCUCUGAAUUCUCCUAUUUUCUUUCCUUCUUCUCUUUUUUUUUUUUUUUCUCUCUCUCUCCCCCUUUCAGGAAAAUCUCUCUCCAACUGUGUGUUGACGUAUCUUGAUUCUUGCUUGCUGCCCUCUUAAGGCUUCUGCUCUUCCUGGGAUCAGUUUCUUUUCAGGUAGUUGGUUACCUUUACUUGAGAGCAUCCCUUCAAGACAUUUUUUUUUUUGGUACGAAGGGAGUUGGUGGUACAUCAUUUUGUCCUCGUAUAAUUUGAUAAGCGUCUAUACAAACUCUUCUUGGUAGUGAUGGUGUCAAGAUCAUCAUAUACAAGUUUCUUGGAUGCGGCAUCUGGGGACCUGUUGAAUUUCCCUCAAACACCUAGAACCCUCCCAAGGGUGAUGACAGUUCCAGGAAUUAUUUCUGAUGGUGAUGGAAACGGAAGUAACGAUGAGGAUUCAGACAUUUUCUCAUCCAAAUGUCGUGAGAAGAAAAUUAUAGUGGCAAAUUUUCUUCCUCUGCUUGCUCAAAAAGAUUUAAACACCGGCAGAUGGUGCUUCAGUUUUGAUGAAGAUGCGCUUUUGUUACAAAUGAAGGAUGGUUUCUCAUCUGAAACUGAUGUUGUUUAUGUGGGAUCUCUGAAGGUUGAUGUAGAUACCAGUGAGCAAGAAGAAGUUGCUGAGAGACUACUAGCAGAAUUUAAUUGUGUGCCUACUUUUCUUCCUCCUGACCUUCAGAAAAAGUUUUAUCAUGGGUUCUGCAAACAAUAUCUGUGGCCUCUCUUCCAUUAUAUGCUCCCCAUGUCACCAGAGCACUGCAAUCGCUUUGAUAGGUUUCUUUGGCAGGCCUAUGUUUCAGCCAAUAAAAUAUUUGCAGAUAAGGUCAUGGAGGUGAUCAAUCCUGAAGAAGAUUAUGUAUGGAUUCAUGACUAUCACCUUAUGAUUCUCCCUACUUUUUUAAGAAAGCGCUUCUAUCGAGUUAAGCUUGGAUUCUUCCUCCACAGUCCAUUCCCCUCAUCAGAAAUCUACCGAACUCUGCCAGUCAGAGAUGAUAUUCUAAAAGCAUUGCUGAAUGCAGACUUAGUUGGUUUUCAUACAUUUGAUUAUGCUCGCCACUUUUUGUCUUGUUGCAGUAGAAUGCUAGGCCUGAACUAUGAAUCCAAGAGAGGUCACAUUGGACUUGAGUAUUUUGGCCGCACGGUUUAUGUCAAAAUUUUGCCUGUGGGAAUUCAUAUGGGCCAACUUGAAUCCGCACUAAAUCUCCCCUCUACAUCCAUCAAGGUCAAAGAAAUCCAAGAACAAUUCAAGGGAAAAAAGAUUAUUCUGGGUGUUGAUGAUAUGGACAUAUUUAAAGGACUAAGUCUAAAAUUACUAGCCAUGGAACACCUUCUGCAGCAUUAUGAAGAGUUGCGGGGUGAACUAGUCUUGGUUCAAAUUGUAAAUCCUGCAAGGAGCACAGGUAAAGAUGUUCAGGAAGCAAAAAGGGAGACAUAUGCUAUUACCGAAAGGAUAAAUGCAAAUUUUGGUUUUCCAGGCUAUGAACCGGUGGUCCUGAUUGAUCAUCCUGUGCCUUUCUAUGAGAAGACUGCCUAUUAUGCUUUGGCUGAAUGUUGCAUAGUAAAUGCUGUGAGGGAUGGAAUGAACUUAAUGCCAUACAAUUACAUAGUUUGCAGGCAGGGGACUCCAAAAAUAGAUGAAGCUUUGGGAAUUACCUCUGGGUCCUCUCGUACUAGUACACUUGUUGUCUCAGAAUUCAUAGGUUGCUCACCGUCACUUAGUGGUGCAAUAAGAGUCAACCCAUGGGAUAUUGAUGCUGUGGCUGAUGCACUAAACAUAGCCAUCACAAUGCCUGGUUUAGAGAAGCAGUUGCGGCAUGAGAAGCACUAUCGGUACGUCAGCUCUCAUGAUGUGGCAUAUUGGGCAUGCAGUUUUAUGCAGGAUUUGGAGCGGGCAUGCAAAGAUCACUACAGUAAACGUUGCUGGAGCAUUGGUUUUGGUCUGAGUUUCAGAAUUGUUGCUCUUUCUCCCAAUUUUAGGAAACUUUCCCUUGACCAUAUUGUCAAAGCAUAUAAGAGGGCGAAUAGAAGGGCGAUAUUUUUGGAUUAUGAUGGAACAGUGGUUCCGCAAUCUUCCAUUGUUAAAACUCCUAGCCCUGAGGUUAUCUCUAUUCUAAAUGACCUUUGCAAUGACCCUAAGAACACUGUGUUUAUUGUUAGUGGCAGGGGGAAAAACUCUCUGAGUGACUGGUUCGCUCAAUGUCAGAAUUUGGGAAUAGCAGCUGAGCAUGGAUACUUCAUUAGGUGGAGUCAGAGUUCCAAUUGGGAAUCAAGACCUUUACUCAUGGACUUUGACUGGAAAAGAAUUGCAGAUCCUGUAAUGCAAUUAUAUACUGAGGCAACUGAUGGCUCCUACAUAGAGACUAAGGAGAGUGCCUUGGUAUGGCACCACCAAGAUGCUGACCCUGAUUUUGGAUCCUGCCAGGCAAUGGAGUUGCUGGAUCAUCUUGAGAAUGUUCUUGCAAAUGAACCUGUGGAAGUUAAGAGGGGCCAUCAUAUUGUUGAGGUUAAGCCACAGGGAGUCAGUAAAGGUCAGGUUACAGAGAAAAUUCUUUCCACAAUGAUCAGUGAUGGGAAACCACCAGAUUUUGUGAUGUGCAUUGGGGACGAUAGGUCAGAUGAGGACAUGUUUGAGAGCAUAUCAAGCACCAUUUAUAGUCCAUCACUGCCUGCACCCCCAGAGAUCUUUGCAUGCACGGUCGGCCAAAAACCAAGCAAAGCUAGGUACUACCUUGAUGAUUCUGCAGAUGUUUUGAAACUGCUCCAGGGCCUGGCCAGAGCUUCUAGUAUGAAGCCCAAGUGUAGCACACAAAUACAGUUCUCCUUUGAAAGUGUUGCUUGAGAUGCAGCACUGGUCUUUCUUUGAAUCGAAGUAGAGUUGAAAAACAGAACGCCCUGAUGGAAACUAGAUACAUGGUUGGAUAGUUUUUCUACAGAAAAAUUCUCUUUCAGGAAGUGGGAUUAACUUUUUUGUUCACUGAUAUUAACGCAUUCAAAUACAUGUGGGGGCCUGGCUGAUGGAAAGGUAGGUGGUGGACACAGUGGGGACUGGGGGUGAGUUUGGCAAAGGAAAGAAGUGGAGUGGAGGGUACGUACAAGUUACAACACAUUUGUUUUUUCUUUUUCGAAAUCUGAUGGAAAAAUGAAAGUGGUUCACUUAUAUAUCAAUCAAUUCCUUGGUUGCACUGCAUGUAAAUGUCAUCUUGUUUUGGAGCAGAUUAAUAUUAGAACUCCAGAUUUUCUCA